AUGUCGACCCAUAGCACACUGGCAGUUGCGGCAGCGACCCUUCUACUCGUGGCAGUCACCAUGGGUGUUUUGCGGCGAGAUCAAUCCCGCAAUGCACCGAGGAGCCUUAGCCAAGCGCCGAAAGAGCUCCCGCAGCCCACCAAGAUUGCGUUGAACCUCAAGGCGACUCUCCCCGAAGCUGUGACACUCUCUUCGGAAGCGGACGCGUUCAACAAAAUCACCGACUCAUAUUGGGCGAGGCAGAAUCGGGAAGUGUUCCCCGCAUGCUACGUUCAGCCGCGAUCUGUUGAGCAGCUUCAAAAGGCUGUGAAGCUCCUAAAACAAGAGUACGUUGAUACCAAGUAUGCAAAAGGACAAGGGAAUGAAAAGGGAUUAUUCGUCGUCAAGGGAGGUGGAGCUUCUCCAGCGCUCGGACUCAACAACGUAAACUCGGGUGUUGUGAUUGACUUGGCUCAUUUCCGAGACAUCACUUAUGCAGACGACUACUCCCAUGUCACUGUUGGUUGUGGUCUCAAAUGGAAAGACCUUUACGAGGAUUUGGAGCCAAAAUCUCUUGCCGUGGCUGGAGGGAGGACAGUCCCUGUUGGGGUCGCGGGCUUGACUCUGCAAGGUGGCAUGUCCUUCUAUUCCCCAGUGCGUGGGUUUGUGUGCUCCACGGUCACGGAAUACAAUGUUGUCCUUGCCGAUGGAAAUGCAGUUGUAGCAUCCGAGACGUCCUAUCCAGACCUAUGGCGGGCGCUAAAGGGGGGAUCGAACAACUUUGGCAUUGUUACCAGUUUCACGAUUCCAUGCUUCCCGUCCAGCGAUAUGUGGUUCACGUGCAACUACACUUCUGGCUUCCAGGCUCCAAGCUUGGUUAAAGCAUUUCAUGACUACGUGAGAGAGGCCAGUUCGGGAAAGCCUGGGGCUUUCGAUAAAAAUGCUACCAUCCCCAUCACCUGCUUAGGCUACACCAGCGAUCUUGGUGUUCAUGCCACGGCGAAUUAUCUUGGAUACACAGUCCCACCCAAGGACAAGAAAUGGCCUCCAUAUUGGAAAAAGUCACCAUUUGGAUCUCUAUGGAAUUUAUGGAGCACAGCCAAAGUUCAGAGCUUGCUCAGUGCAGUCGCGGAACAGUCGGAGCAGUCGCCACCAGGGACUUACACUAUAUUCGCAGUGACCACCUUCAAGAACGACUUGGACACGUUGAUGGCUGCUUAUACGGCAUAUCGUGAAGCCUCAGCAGCGGGCAAACGAGUGAAGGGGAUGAUCCUCUCAUUGGCUCUUCAGCCAAUCCUACCUCAAUGGUACAAGAAUGGCCAGCCUAAUGUCCUAGGGUUGGAUGAAUGCAAUGAACCUCUCGUUGUUGCAGAAAUUACGAUUAAAUGGGAUAGGACAGAACACACUGAAUUAGUCCAAAGCAUAUCCCGCCGAUUUAUUGAGCGGGUUGACAAGGACGCCGAGGCUAAUCAGACAGCUCAUCCAUUCCGAUUCGCCAACUACUGCGCUGAAUGGCAAGACCCAAUGAAGGGAUACGGAGAAGAGAAUCUCCAAUUCAUGCGUACAGUUAGCCGAAAGUAUGACCCGGAGGGUGUGUUCCAACGGGCAUGCAUCGGUGGCUUCAAACUUGGCAUGGACUACCACUAA